CAAGCGGAGUUGGCUGACUUUGCUUUUAGUAUUUUUGUUUUUACUGCAGUUUUCUGUGUACGUAUCACUGGCCCUCGACCCCGGCUUUAUCAUGCACUCGCAUACCGUUCCCUGCCCCGAGGUUACAGGACUUCGGUGACGUCAUGAAAGGGCAGCUACACCCUGUAGUUCUGCGGUCGCCAAGAAACCGCGUUCUCGUGUACGUGCGCUGCCUAGCAACGGGCUCUUCUCUUGUCCAAAGGGUAGGAGUCAGUCGGCUUGGUCAGAAUAAAAAAAAAACAACUAAACUUGCAGCCGCUAUAGCGUGGACGUCUCCGGUGAGUAUUUACAACUGUUUUCUAAGAACCCGGCAGCUCCAGUGCAGGAUUUGGAUGUCCAGCCUUUGGAAACGAUGUUAUUACAACCUGUAUCAACCUCCCCCAGCUGAGCAAAACUAGAGACGAGGACGAGCCGAAGUUGUCGAUGAGGUUAACGCUGCAGUUGCAUGCUCGUGUUGCCUUCCCUGCGUGUGAAGUGGUUAUCUGUGGGUCUCCGCAGCCGGGCUACGGCCCGGAGCUGAUGGUGCAGCGGACGUGCAAGCUCUGUGGCACCGAGGGACGUCUCUGAUUCCCCGCUGUGUUGAGGUGGAGAAUGCGCCCUGCUCUGGAGACCGGCAUCGACCCGCAGAUCUUAGAUGACCCUUACGAGACCUUCAUGCAACGCCAUCUCCGGCAUUAUGGGCUGUUCACCGGCAGGAACGCGGGGUGCCAGGGCGGUCUCGCAGCCGCGGGGAGCUGGGAGAGGAGCCGCGGAUACCUCCUGCCUGACGACAACUCCCAGGACACCAACGGGUCGGCCUCCGACACCGAGGGGGACAAGGAAGGGACCAGAAAGACGCCCUACUCUCUUCUGCUGGAGCAGGCCCUGCUGAAUACCCGGCAGCUGGUGUUCGAUGCAGAGGGGGGCCGGCGGGGGCCCCGCCUGCGCGCGCCCCGCAGCCUGUUUGCCAUCCCCUCCCGGCAGGGCCCGUCCCAGGGCCCGCGCUGGCCCGUCGAGUGCGAGGUCAUCAAGGAGGAAGUGCGGCACAUCGAGUGGGAGCCGGCCGAGCCGGAGGAGUUUUACCAGCUGACGGGCUUUGAGCGGACCCCACUGUGUGUGGGAGAAGAGAGGGGCACCGUGGUGUACUGCAUCGACUCAGGUACCUCCCGCAUGGAAACACCAAGCUGUCCCUCUCGCUCUCUGAGCCUGUCUUACUGUCACAUCAAAUUGACACAAGGAGCUAGGGCGAUAUUAGGGCGGAGUGGUGGCUCUGUGAUCUGCCUUUCCCCCCCCGCCAGGGGCCUCCACGACUACGAGCUCACGCUGCGCGCCGACCUCUACACCACCAAGCACACGCAGUGGUAUUACUUCCGGGUCCGGAACAUGAAGGCGGGCGUCACCUACAGGUUCACCAUCGUCAACCUGAUGAAGCCCAGCAGCCUGUACAACAUGGGCAUGAAGCCGCUGCUGUACUCCGAGCAGGAGGCCCGGGCUCGGGGCGUGGGCUGGAGGAGGGCGGGCGCCAACAUCCGGUACUACCGGAACCAGCGCGAUCAGGAGGGGCAGAGCCUGUAUUCCCUGACCUGGACCUGCCAGUUCCCCCACGAGGGCGACACCUGCUACUUCGCGCAGUGCUACCCCUACACCUUCUCCGACUUGCAGCUCUAUCUCUCCAGGGUUGCCAACCACCCGGUCCGGGCGCGGCACUGCAAGUUCCGGGUGCUGUGCCGGAGCCUGGCGGGCAACGCGGUGUACGUCCUCACCAUCACCUCGCCGUCCCCCAGCCCGGCUGCCAGCCUGGCCAAGAGGGCGGUGGUGGUGACGGCCCGGGUGCACCCGGGGGAGACCAACAGCUCCUGGAUGAUGGCGGGCUUCCUGGACUUCCUCCUGGGCGACUCCCCGGACGCCCAGCUGCUGAGGGACACCUUCGUCUUCAAGGUCGUGCCCAUGCUGAACCCGGACGGCGUGAUCGUGGGCAACUACCGCUGCUCGCUGGCGGGGCGGGACCUCAACCGGAACUACGGCACCUUGCUGCGCGACGCCUUCCCCUGCGUGUGGCACACCAGGAACAUGGUGAAGAGGCUCGUGGCUGAGAGGGAGGUCGUCCUGUACUGCGACUUCCACGGCCACAGCAGGAAGCACAACGUCUUCAUGUACGGCUGCGACAACAAGAGCAGCCCCGCCCAGAGGCUGCUGGAGCGCGUCUUCCCUCUGAUGAUGAGCAAAAACGCCACUGACAUGUUCUCUUACAAGGGCUGUAAGUUCAGAGUGCAGAAGAGCAAGGAGGGGACAGGGCGGAUCGUCAUGUGGAGGAUGGGGAUCACGAACAGCUACACCAUGGAGUCCACCUUUGGGGGUUCCACUCUGGGUGGCAGAAAAGGAACCCAUUUUACCACACAGGACUUAAAGUCUUUGGGCUAUUACUUCUGCGACACCCUCCUAGACUACUGCGACCCAGACCAGUCUAAGACCUACCUGUGCAUGAAGGAGCUGUGCGAGAUGCUCCACCAGGAGAUCCGGAAGAAGCUGGAAAAUCUGGGCAGGGAAGCGGACUCCAGCGUCGCCCUGAGUGACGUAUCCGUCUCCGACAUUGAGUCCAGUACGAGUGGCUCAAACAGCACUGAGUCGGAUGGUCUGCCUGCCCAUCUGCUGGAUCUUGCACACAAGUUUACACAGAAGAAGAAGCAUCUGAGGACGAGGAAGGAGAGGAACAGGCUGCGCCUUGGGCACGUGCAGAGCAGAGAGCAGAAGGCGCUUCGUGGAAACAUGAGCCUCCCGAGCUCCGCAGCUCUGCUCGCGGAUCAAGGGAUGAAGAGGGAGGCUCAAGAGAAGCCAGGGAGUGGAACGAGCCAAGAGAGGAAAAUCAAAAAGGUGCAGCAUAUCCGUACGGAGCGCAACAGGACAGGACGGGCUUGGAUUCCCCAUCCUUCCACUGGGAUAGCAGUCAUCGGGGAAGGGAGACUGUGGGACAGCAACCAGGAGAAGAAUGCGUAUUUAGAAGCCGUGACAGCUGCCUAUCUGCGCAGUGGAGGAAUGUUUACGGCUGCUCAACAGACUGUUACAGACGUACCACAUCUGAAAUACUCAAGUGUGAAGACUGACGCUGGCAUGAAGAGUUCAGUCAAAGCACCAGCUACUGCAGAGAGUGCGGGAGAGUUCGAGUGGGCCAGCGGGUCCGGCAGCCGGCAGCGCCAGCGCUCCCUGACCUCGCAGCGCCGGCCCCUCGCCAUGGCCUCCAUCCAGCAGCACCGCACCCUGGAGUUCCCCGGCAGGGACCGCGGCGCCCCCCUCAGGCAGCAUCCCCUGCCCUUCGACUGGGAGCUGGAGGUCACCACCCGGAGGCAGCCCGCUGUCAGGAGAGGAAGGACACCCUCGGCUUACGUACUGCCUUCCUCCUUACACAGGCCUCCAACUUUAGCCACAAGUCAGGUGGUGCAAAGCAGGGUGGUCCCAGAGUUCCCAGUAUCCAAUGGCUUGGUGGCCUCCAGGUCGUCCAGUUCCAUCAGCGCUCCAGCCCCGGGCCCAAAGCCCAGUCAGGAGUCGAGGGUCCGGCCGGCCAGAGUUUCAGUCCGCUACUUGUCCCAUGAAACAGCCACAUCCAGCUCCGACACCUUGGAAACCAACAAGAGCACCCAGGAGAGGCCCAGUGUCUCAGAAGCUUUUGGUCUGGAUGGUGUGGGCAGCGAUAGAGGACACCCCAAGCCUGACAGGGCGGUCAGGAGGCCCGCAGUGGACACUCAGACUUGCUUGCCCGAUUUAAAGAGACAGGACUCGGGCCCACAGCUGCAGGGUCAAAGGUGCUCGCGCUCCGCCCCCGAGGACGUGGCGGCUGACCUCGGGCCCCUGGCCAUCUCGUGCCCUCGGGCCCCCCAACAGCCCGAGAGGGCGGAGCCACAGAGGGAGAGGAUGCAAAAACUGCAGAGGCUCAGCCAGGCGAAACUGGGCAGACCCCCGCCUCCAGGAGGAGCGAGAGGGACACCCAGGGAAACAGGAAGGGAGGAGGGCCGGGCAGGAAGUGAUGUCAGACCUGUGGGUUCCGCCCCCUCCCACAGCGGCUCCGGGGAAGGAAAAUUCCAGACGGUAGCGCGGAGUCCAGCCCCGGAGGGUCCAGUUCCCGCGGAUGUGCCGCGGGACCCUCUGUGAGAAGCUCUGAAAGUAACUGCCCUCCUGUUGAAACACAGGUGGCUCGAACCCGGGUCUCGAUUUGAUUCAGAAUGCCCCGCCCGCCCCACCUGUUCAGAUGUCAAACCCAGCUCUGUCUGGCGGGACGUCCCACUCUCAGGUGACACGGUUGAGAUGAGCAUGGGCCAAAGAUUUUUAUUAUUCAAUCUAAGCGUAGGUCUUGCAUCUUAAUUGAGUAUAUCAUUUCAUUUAAAAAAAAAAAAUGUUUGAUAUUUUUAUACCUUUAAGUUUGCAAAUAAAGACAUUAAGUGGUGAAUUUGGAAAAAAAAACUUGCAGUGUGUGUACUGUCCACUGUUAUUCAAUUUCAUUUUUGCUACUAUGACGGGACCUUAGAUUUAUAACAAAGUUUUUGUUACUUGAAAUGAAACUUUGAUGUUUUGAUGUGUAUGUAAAUAUUUUGAUGGGGGGGACGACACUGUUCCUGGCAUUGUUUUUUUUACCCAGUGGACUGGUCUGGUCUGUCAAGUGCUAAAACAGGACAUUUUUAAACAAUCCUGUAAUCCACUGCUUAAAGUGGAACUAAGUAGCGGAUCUGUGAGACGUAAGGUGAACUCAUGUGCUGGGCGAGAGGGAGAUGAAACAGGGAAAUUGCAGACAGAGGGCUGACAAGGGCUGAGCUUUGUCAGGCAUGCAGGAAGAAGUGGUGCUCGGGGACCAAGGCCGGUGAAUGAGCAGUUGAGCAGUCCAGGGCACAAAGAGGAAUCUGUGAGAGUGGUCAGGGUCAGAGCCAGAAGACACAGCACUGGAGCACAAGGGCAGUCCAAGCCCUGGUCAUAAAUACAUAGGAGGGCCCCAAACCAAGUGGAACGCAGCUUGUGGCAUGGAGGGUAAAUCCAGAAGACAUGGAUCUGGAUGGACGGAGCACUGGUCAAGAAUCCAGGGAGAGGCAAGCAAGACGCAGGGGCACAGGGAACAAAGUGGGUCAGGAACUCGAAAGUGAGCUGGGAUCAGAGCGGUACCUUCUCCCACAGACUCCAAUACGAAACCUGAGCUUUGUCAGAUCACAGUUUAACUACCAUGAACCACCUGCAGUGGACCUGGUCAUAAGCUGCCUCCAGGUGGUCCAGGUCACCUGUCGGUUAUCUGCGGCAACCAGCGCUGACUGACAGGUGAGAAGAGGUGUUGCCGGCUGCCUUGUCAAUGCUACUGUAGAGCAUGACAAAUCCUUAGUAUACUAACUUGCAACACAUUUACAGCAGCAUUUGAUGAAAUCGCACCAGCAAACUCUGAUUAUAUACAGCACCUCCACCCCCAUACACCACACUUACAAUUAAUACUUUAUCCACUGGGGAAAUUAAAACCGACAUGAAAAGUUAGCCAAGCGCGUUCUGAUCACAGCUAUCCCUCCUUCUCUUCCUGGUUUUUAUGCUUCCUGUUACCCAGCCAAGAUCCAGACACGGGCGAGGCUUGAAUGGCACCCGGCGCCGCCCGGGCUGCCUGUCCCACUCGCGGGGCCGCUCAGCCACAGAGGUCGGCGAUUACGUCACACUGCGGUCGUACCUGAGCCGGACCGGGACGGUGCCGGGUUAUACCUGCUUAUGCAAAACACUAGCUUUGAACAACAUGUGCGCUGUUCUUAAGAAGCUGUUGAGUGCAGAAGAGGAUCUUCCCUGCUGUCAACAGUAUUGUGUAUGGAGUUGAUCCCCGCCGGAAUGAAAACAGGACAUUAAGAAAGGGUUUCAGAAAUCAAAUCAUGUUUAAACGCCAUAGUUACAGGCUGCAGAAUUGGAGACUACUUUGUCUUCGUGCUAUUCUGCUUCCUAUGGGUCAUAUGCAGGUGGUUUGUAUGAACAGCUUUUGAGCAGUAUUCCUUGCAUCGCGAACGUACGUACACAGCGGUUCCGCCCUUAUUCCAGUUGGUGCGUAAUUGCGCAUUACUCAAAAAGCCAGGGUUCAUAAAAACACGAUGAGCUAUCUGCUUAGUUUAUGGUCGUUUUUAAGCCGUGAACAUUAUCCCAAAUGGCGGUCUUUAAAAUGCCUUUGGUUUGAAGGCUUUACAGUCUGUGUUCCCCUUGCAAAGGUAUGGACCUCCAAAUAUUCGUGUCUGGAAACAAAUGGCGUAAAGAUGAGAAAGUGUGGAGGCCGUGAAAACAUUCACAAAUCAUUUUAUGCACAGUGCGGGUAGUUUGAGAUCUCCAGGGCGUUUCGGGAAAACGCUAUUAACUCGGAGCUAACUUGACCGCGGUCACCCCUGUUCGCACAAGAUGACGGUUUUGAUUGAAAGAACGGUGGUUGUGAUUCUGAAGGUGACGGAAGAGCAUUGUGUAUGGAAUUGUGACAUGGACCCUGGGUUUCGGGUCAGUUUUGCCAUCGCAUGACGCAAAGCGCCCCGUAGCGCAUUAAACACCGAAAAACAGAGAAAUCCGUUCACUCCGUUGAACUCCGUUCACUCCUUUAAAGCAGAACGCCUUUAGGGUGUAUAUAUUUAACUGCGACGGCACGGAAUGGACAUUUCAAUAUUAUCAGUAAAUGUUUUAGCACGUAAGGUAGAGACACUGUGAGAAACAUUUUCAAACAUUCGCAGCUUAAAGUCAUUGCACAAAACGCAAAAGAGAAACGUGUGAUUAAAGA